AUGAACAGAUAUGAACAGGCAUCGACAGAGUUUCAAAAAAUUACUUGUCCAUCAUUAGAUGCACCCGCAACGAAAAAACGUUGUGAAGUUUUAUGGGGACCUAAACAAGGUUGGAUCUCUUGCAAAGAACCUAUACCUGUUGGUACUCAUGCCACGUUAGAGUGUUCAGAAUUUUAUGAACGACAAUCAGGAGCUUUUUACACGACAUGUCUUCAUGAUGGCACUUGGAGUCAGCUUCCUUUACGAUGUAAGCCUAUCUGUGGAAUACGUGACGACACAGCAACAGCUUUGAUUGUCAAAGGUUGGGAAAUAUCCCCGGAGGAAAGUUUGCCUUGGCACGCGACACUUUUUUCACAUGAAAAUGGGCAGUGGAAAUUUUUUUGUGGUAGCUCUUUAAUUGGAGAGCGUGCUGUUUUAACAGCUGGUCAUUGCGUUUGGAAAACAAAUCCUGAGACAAUUCGUGUUGUUUUUUCUGGAUUUUCGAGUAAUUAUACUAUGAAUGAACAAAAUACAGAGACUCAAAUUCUUAAAGUAUCAGAUAUAAAAAUACAGCAAAUGUAUCGAGAUCAUGAAGGAAAUUAUGGAUCUGAUCUUGCAAUUUUAAUUUUAGAUGAACCAGUUAUAAUAACUACCAAUGUUAAGCCAGUUUGUUUAGAUUGGCGUGCAGGUUCAGAUGUGUCUUUAAGAUCUGAAGAAAUGGGUUUAGUUACUGGAAUGGGAAUAACAGAAAAUGAUACAUUUAGCGAAAAGCUUCGUGUGACGACUGUCAAAAUAAUUUCAGAAAAUGAGUGCCGAGAAAGCCAGAACAAAGAUUUUAGAAAAUAUUUAACUUAUACAACAUUUUGUGCUGGCUGGAAGAACGGAACUGCAGUUUGUAAUGGAGAUAGUGGAGGUGGAUUAGUAUUACAACGACCUGGUGAACGACUAUGGGACUUACAUGGAGUUGUAUCGAUUAGCCUUCGUCGAUUAGGGACAAAUAUUUGUGAUCCAAAUUAUUUCACAGUAUUUACAAAAGUUUCAUUGUACAGUACUUGGAUUGAUAGUAUUUUAAGAAAUCUUCGUAUUAUUGGACCACCAGAUAAUCAACUACCAAAUACAGAUAUUAUUAUUGAAUAG